CCUCCCCCUCCUCCUCCCCCUCCUCCUCCCCCUCCUCCUCCCCCUCCUCCUCUCCCUCCUCCUCUCCCUCCUCCGCUCCCUCCUCCUCUCCCUCCUCCUUCCCCUCCUCCUCUCCCUCCUCCUCUCCCUCCUCCGCUCCCUCCUCCGCUCCCUCCUCCUCUCCCUCCUCCUUCCCCUCCUCCUCUCCCUCCUCCUUCCCCUCCACCCCCUCCUCCUCCCCCUCCUCCUCCCCCUCCUCCUCCCCCUCCUCCUCCCCCUCCUCCUCUCCCUCCUCCUCUCCCUCCUCCGCUCCCUCCUCCUCUCCCUCCUCCUUCCCCUCCUCCUCUCCCUCCUCCUCUCCCUCCUCCUUCCCCUCCUCCUCUCCCUCCUCCUCUCCCUCCUCCGCUCCCUCCUCCUCUCCCUCCUCCUCCCCCUCCUCCUCUCCCUCCUCCUUCCCCUCCUCCUCUCCCUCCUCCUCUCCCUCCUCCGCUCCCUCCUCCUCUCCCUCCUCCUCCCCCUCCUCCUCUCCCUCCUCCUCUCCCUCCUCCUUCCCCUCCUCCUCUCCCUCCUCCUCUCCCUCCUCCUCCCCCUCCUCCUCUCCCUCCUCCUCUCCCUCCUCCUCUCUCUCUUCCUCCUCCUUCCCCUCCUCCUCUCCCUCCUCCUCCUUCCCCUCCUCCUCUCCCUCCUCCUCUCCCUCCUCCGCUCCCUCCUCCUCUCCCUCCUCCUCUCUCUCUUCCUCCUCCUUCCCCUCCUCCUCUCCCUCCUCCUCCUCCCCCUCCUCCUCCCCCUCCUCCUCCCCCUCCUCCUCCCCCUCCUCCUCCCCCUCCUCCUCUCCCUCCUCCUCUCCCUCCUCCGCUCCCUCCUCCUCUCCCUCCUCCUUCCCCUCCUCCUCUCCCUCCUCCUCUCCCUCCUCCGCUCCCUCCUCCUCUCCCUCCUCCUCUCCCUCCUCCUCCCCCUCCUCCUCUCCCUCCUCCUUCCCCUCCUCCUCUCCCUCCUCCUCUCCCUCCUCCGCUCCCUCCUCCUCUCCCUCCUCCUCUCCCUCCUCCUCCCCCUCCUCCUCUCCCUCCUCCUCUCCCUCCUCCUUCCCCUCCUCCUCUCCCUCCUCCUCUCCCUCCUCCUCCCCCUCCUCCUCUCCCUCCUCCUCUCCCUCCUCCUCUCUCUCUUCCUCCUCCUUCCCCUCCUCCUCUCCCUCCUCCUCUCUCUCUUCCUCCUCAUUCCCCUCCUCCUCUCCCUCCUCCUCCUCUCCCUCCUCCUCCCCCUCCUCCUCCUCCUCCUCUCCCUCCUCCUCCCCCUCCUCCUCUCCCUCCUCCUCCCCCUCCUCCUUCCCCUCCUCCUCUCCCUCCUCCUCCUUCCCCUCCUCCUCUCCCUCCUCCUCCCCCUCCUCCUUCCCCUCCUCCUCUCCCUCCUCCUCCCCCUCCUCCUCCCCCUCCUCCUUCCCCUCCUCCUCUCCCUCCUCCUCCUUCCCCUCCUGAUGACGGCUUCCUCACUGUAACAUCAUCUGCCAGCCAGAGGCCUGAAGCCAUCGAGGAUCUGGGUGGAAAUUAG